UUGCAGGUUUCUCCAAGUGCCUCCCUGCUUCUGUUUGCUUCCCCAUCUCUCCAGGUUUCUGUUUUCCCAGUUCCCUUCUCAGGCCGGUGGCAGUGGGGGCUGUGCCUGGUGGGCCCCACGGAGAUGCUCAGUGCUCGGGAUCGCCGGGAUGGGCUCCCUGCGGAGGGGGCAGCUGCGGGGCUCCAGGGCUUCGCUGUGGACAAGACUUUCCUCUCCUCCCUCAAAGGCAUCCUGCUGGAAACCGAGCUGGCCCUGACCUUCGUCAUCUUCAUCUGCUUCACGGCCUCCAUCUCCGCCUACAUGGCCGCAGCACUGCUGGAGUUCUUCAUCACGCUCGCCUUCCUCUUCCUCUACGCCACCCAGUACUACCUGCGCUUCGAUCGGCUGAACUGGCCCUGUCUGGACUUCCUCCGCUGUGUCAGUGCCAUCAUCAUCUUCCUGGUGGUCUCCUUUGCAGCUGUGACCUCCCGGGAUGGAGCUGCCAUUGCUGCUUUUGUGUUUGGCAUCAUCCUGGUUUCCGUCUUUGCCUACGAUGCUUUCAAGAUCUACCGGACCGAGAUGGCUCCCAGGACCACCCAGGAGGACCAGCAGUGACCCUGAGCUAACUGGCUCCUGGGCCCAGCCAGACAAAAGGAACAGAGCAGCCCUUUGGAUCCUUUGGAUUCCCUAGCCUGCAGCCUAAUGUCCCCCAGCCAGGCCUUCAGGGAUGGAGUCUGGCCUGAGAAGUCACCAGGGACUUGUCUGUGGGGCUCAGUGCUCCGAGAUCUGACUCCCGAUGAAGCUCUACUGGGAAGGGGGUGUUUUGGGGAGGGAGAGCAGGAAGAAGCUGAUCAUUCCCAAAUUAAAAGAUUCGAAUCCUA